AGCCGCACUCCGCAACUUCCAUGAAGCCUGCCUUCAAAAGUUCAACGAGCAAAUGGCCAGGACUAUCCUCUUCCAUUCCCGGUGAACUUCCAGCAUCCUCAAAAGCCUUCGUUGUAUUCUCUGUACGUAGUGAUAAGUCAGUCCCACGGUCCUCAGCGCCCCCACCAAGCGACGUUACGACGUGACGGACGCAACGACAAAGGCCAGUCAUGAGCAGAGUCAUAAGCGAUACAAUAUUAGGGACGCAUGUGCUCGCCUUCUUCUCCAUCUUCACCUUCUACCUCCCCCUCUACUUCUGGGCCCUCCCGAACGUGCACAAAGCGAACUCCCUGCAGCACAAUGUCCCCGUCACCGUGCACAUGCAGCAUAAUCUCAACAACAAAGUCGUCUUUCUACCCUGCCCCGCCAUAAGCGAAAACGACAUGACGGCGCUCUAUACCAAGCUCGGCAUAUGCUAUUCGCCCAUGCAAUUCGAGGGCCUGUGCGACGGGAAGAUGGUGCAGACGACGUGGAUAGACCUCACCUACGUCAGGGGAACGGAGACAAUGCGCGACACAGAGGCGAUCAAGGAAGCGCCGAAACCGUUCAAUUUCGUCCGGUAUCAAGAACUCUGCGCGCGGGACUGGCUCUUCGACCCUUCCGCGCACAAGUUCGUUGACAAUAGUAGGGUGUACUGCGCUGUACCAGACGAUCCCAGGCGGAACUACGUGGCGUGCCAGGACUACUGGAACCGUUUGAAUAUUGUGUUGAUCAUCGGCAGUGGGUUUGGGGCCUUAGCUGUAGCCUCUUUGGUAUCUUUCGUUGCCGGAGCAAUCGCCGUCGGUACGCUUAUUUACAAUGCAUCGCGCAGAUUGGCCGGGUUUGAGGAGGUUCCUCUGAAGGGCAAGAGUUGGACCAGCGGAUGAGGUCGCCUUCUUACGGCGUAGUAUACAGUUUGAAACAAUGAACGGAUGAACGGGAUGGGAUGGUAGAUACCACCUUUCGACCAUGUACGAUAGUUUUCCCCCAAGGGCUUGUGUAGAUUAAUCAUCUAAUUGUAGGCCAAACUGGCCCUAUGGCUUGUCGCUCGACCUCCUCCAGCAUCAAAGCGCGUUGGGCUUUCACUCUUCAGGUGCCAGAGUACGCGAGAAGCACUUAUUAUACGACAUGGAAGGGGCCAGGCUGAGAGCCUCCAAUCUAUCAAAACCAUGAAACUGUAGCGCUCAUCAAUGUAUGUACAAUGUACUGUAUGUAUGUGUAUGCCCGCAGACUCGCCGAGUUCGUCCGUCCAAGAAAAGG